AUGAGUACAUUCUCUCGGGUCGUCUCGCGCCCAACCAACAAGGAACAGCUGAAGCCUUUCGCGUUCACCAAACCCACCUUCACAACAACAACACACACAGGCCUGGGCAUAUGGCAGCCUAGCUAUGCUGACCGUAUCACUCCGAAACUGUACAAACCUUUUGUUGGCGGGGAUUUCCACACAGACACGCUUUUCAAUCCUGUCUGGAGUCAAGGUGUUUACGCCGACAGUCUCAUGCAGACGCGACCGACUGGUGUGAGCGUACCGCCCAAUACGGCUUACGGUACUACCCCCAGCCCACCAUCUUUGCCGCAAGACGACUCCUCAACGGAGUACUCGUUCCUGUCCUCAUCUUCCCCGGAGGCCGACUCACCGCCCCCAACUGCCUUCUCAACCAUCGCCGUCUUGGGUUCGCCUGACAUGGACGGCGCCUUCGAGGACGACUACGAUCGCCCGGAGGCCGACCCCAACUUCAUCCGGAGGCUGCUCAGGCGCAGCAAGUCCCUUCGCCGCCAAGUUCGCAUGCGCGACGGCGACUUCCGCGACUCUGAUGAAGAAGACGACUACAGUGUGACGGCCGAGUGGAUCCCGGUCGUCCGCCCCGAGAUGCCCAAGAGGCGCGUCCCGACCCAGGGGGUACCCCGUCAGAUCGCCUACGACGCACGUUCCGACACCACCCCCUCGCGCCUGAGCCGACGUGUGAGGGUCCCUGCCCCAAUCGACACCUCCGGCCUGCGUGUGGCGAUCGCGGCGAAGAUCCUCCGCGACGAGUAUGAGCUCGAAGUCGGGGACGUCGACGGCUCCGAGCUCACGUCGAGCAGCGAGUCUGGCUUCGACGGGGAUGAUGAGCACGACGAGCUACGACGGGCGGCACAGACUCCUGAGGAUACAGCCGGCAGCGUCGCGUCCUCCUGCGAUAGACCGAAGAAGUCAUACGCAGCGGUCGUCGCCUCCUCUCCACCGCGCGCGAACACCCCGCAGUCGAAUACGUUGGUGCCUCAGGCGGUGCAUGCUGCGCCUAUGUUUGGCUCGAAGGAGCGGGACGUCGCCGGGGGGUUCGAGUGGCAGCCCUUCGUGGAGCCUUUGGAUGUGUAG